UUUCUCUUCUAACAUCCUGUUGUAGAAGAAAGAAGAUGGAAGAAGUCUAUGACUAUUCUCGGCAUAGAUAUUGUAUUAAUAUCGAUUUGGGCUAUGACAUGAUCACCUCUAUGGCAGUGGCCAUCAAUAAAACAUCAGAUGAAGAUGAAAUGUUAGUCGACAUUAAAUUAGCAGAAUUUAUACGUGUAUUUUUUUUUUUUUUUUUGACAAAUUCCGUUUUUAGGGAUAGAUUUGAAUACGAAUAUCGCACCUCAAUUUUAUGUGACACUUCCACAAGAAAUAUCAUUGCCAGAGGCUACAAGGCCGAUGAAGCGAAUGAGGAUCCGAAAGGGUUCCAAGAAGGCGUUAUUUAUGUACACAACACCUUAAGCGAGCUUGCUGACAUUUAUUUAAAAUCCAAGCAACAAUCCUUCGACACUACGGCACUGUACGCGCUCUUGUGCGAGGAAGCUAUAGACCUGUUACAAAAAAUACUGGAUCGUCAUAAACAAGAAUCGAAUAGUGUGAAUAUGGAUUUUUUUUAUUCUUUGAAUCUUCCAACCAGUUGGGAUUAUGAAUUAAGAAAAGAAUUGUUCCUGCCUCUAUUCGUAAAAGCUGGUCUUCUCCAUGAAAAAGAUGGUCCGGGCAGGCUGGUGUUUUUUUCAAUGUUGGAGUUAACGUUUCGUGACAUACAGGGAUAUAGAACCUGGGAUGAUGAUGAUAGAAACAUAAAGUAUGGUGAUCAGUGCCUUAUUUGUACAAUAGAUUAUCAAGAUUACCACAAAGAAAAUUGGUGCCACAAUUGUUGAAACAAACUCACUUUGUAAUCCCGUUUGGACUAAAGGAACUACGAUUCUCACUAAUAGCAUGUGUGGAAAAGCAUUGUGAUACUACGUUAUCAUCAGAAUCUAUCGACGACAUGCUUACAGAACUCAGUCAAGAGUACGAUGGAAUUAAUUAUUUUGAAGAUAUAGGUGAUGUUUUACAUGAUCAGCCAUUGCCAGACUUGAAAUUUCGCUGGGCGAAUAGAUUAAUCACUUUAGAGGACAUACUUGAACAUUUUUCUGGUUCUGCCGAAAAAUUCUUAAGAAGUGAAGUAGAUAAAUUUCUUGUAGGCACGAGCAAUACAGUACCUAGGCCAUUAGACAUUUUUUACAAAAAUCGAAUCCCGUACACAUUUUUAUCCGUGGGGAUAAUAUUAUCAGCUGAUUGUUGUUCG